AUGCAAUCAAAAAUAAAAAAAAUAUACUGCCCCAAAAGUGAAAUCAAGGAUAACUUUUUUUUCAAAUUUAAAGAAGACAAUAAUAGCUUUGAGCGUAAACAACAAAAUAAUAGGAAAUCUACUGUAAUAAAAAAACAUAAUAAGAACAAAAAAAAUGAGAGCAUAUAUUGUGACAAUAUCAAAGUUAUAAGAAUAGAUUGUGAAAAUCUUGAAAAUGCAAAAGAUGAUUAUAACAGUUUUUUUGAUUCGAAAAUAUAUUUGCCCGAAUUAAGAGCAAAUAAGGAAGAAUUAAAAUAUUUCUUUAAAAUAAUUCUUAAUACAAUAGGAGAAAAUAAAAAGGAAAAUAUAUAUUUUAAUUUAAUGAGUUUUUUAUGUAAAAAUUUUUCCUCAUAUAUUGGUCUAUUUGCAAAUUUAUGGUUUCAAUGUAAAAUUUUGUUAGCUGAAAAAUUAAUUUUAAUUGAAUUUUUUAAACAACUAAAAAUAAAUUCAGAAAUAAUUAAUCAUUUUUUUAAUUAUGGAUAUGAUUCUUUUGAAACAAUUUUAUCAAUUACAGGACAGGAUUUAAUAAAAAUACAAAAAUUUAAUAAUGUCACAUGGAUACCUGGUCAUGCUUUUAGAAUUAAAAUUGUUUUUUCUAGAAUAAAUGAUUACUUUAAAUGUUUUUUUGAAAAAAAUGAAGAUUAUGUAAAACAAAUAAAAAAAUUCAUUUUACAUAACAGAAGGAAAACUAAAUUAACUAGCCAAUUGAUAUUGCCUCAAGAAGAAAAAAAUAAAAAAGAAAAAAUUGAUACUUCCUCAUGUGUAUUAACAAAAAAAAAUGUGAUAGUAAAAAAUUAUGAACCAUACAAUUCUUUAAAUUUAAAAAGAAAAAAUUCAAUAUAUAAUAAUCCAUUAUAUCUAAAUACUCCAUUUUUAAAAUAUUAUAAAUGUUACCCUUGUUAUCAGUUACAUAGGAGCAAUCUUUAG